GUCUGGCAACGGCGUGCAAAAUGGCGCUCUGAUGCGGUCAAGGUAGCAGCGCGAGAGCUGCGUCAGCAGGGAAAACUUCUCCGACAGCCCAAGUUCGAGGAAGGAAAAGAGUUCACAAUCGUCGGGCCAUGUUUAGCCGGUUGUACAACGCUGUGCGGCAGCACAAGAAGAAGAUAUGCUUCAGCGUCGGCCUAGUCGGAGGCGCCUACCUUCUAAACCGGUAUCUGCAGCGAAAAUUGCGCGACUGGGAAACGAAACAGACUCAGAGCUACAUCGAUCAAAUCAAACAUCAGCACCACUUCGAGAACAUCCUGCAGACGUCGGACAACACGAUCUUGACUCUCCUGGAGAAGAGAGAGCCGUUACUCGCCUUACUCGAGACGGACAGCCUGCUCGAGAAGCUCAAGACGCGGCCUGCAAACAGGCUCGAGCUUUGGGAGGAAAUCAAGGUGCGCAUUCUCACCUUCGCGUUGGCGAGCGUGUACGCGGAAAGCCUGCUCGCCUCGCUCGUUCGCGUGCAGCUCGGCGUCGUCGGAGGCUACGUGUUCGUGAAUUCGCAGCGGGCGCAACAAAACUCGGGAGGCGUGCUGCCGGCGCUCACCAACCAAGACAUUCACCAGCGCUACCUGGCUCAGGUGCAGCACUUUUUUGAGAACGGUUUGCACGAGCUUGUGCGUGUCGUCAGAGACGCCGUGGUCGCCGCCUUCGGCCACAUAGGCCUCAAGGAGCGCGUCGGUCCCGCCGACUUCGCCGUGGGUUUCGAUUUCGUCAAGAAGCAUGUCUCACGCGACUCCAAGAAGCCGCUCCCGGGCUUCCUUCGCCUGCUCCUGCCUCCUCUCGAGGUCGAAGGCGAUACGGACGAUGUGAGGGUGCUGAACGUGAUGAUCCUCGAGACGCGAGACGUACUCGAGACGGACGACUUCUCCAAGGUUCUGGGAAUGUGCAUAGACCGGGGUAUCACGAGCCUCACGAACGACGUCGAGGCGUGUUACCAGAACAUGCUAGCCGCGGAACGAGAAAACGGCAGUGGAGAACGAACUGCCGCUUCAUCGUUGGCGGUGUCGACGGGAUUUCCCAUGGCAAAACUUUUGCCCGUGCUUAGGAACAGCCUCGUUUCCGGCAGACAAGAUGGCUUCCUCAGAACCGUGCUCCAGGAAGAGCUACUUCGCAGCAUGAUCGCCAACGUUUACGAAGCCUUCUGCCAGACAGAGGAUGCCGACAGGAUUAACCACAACCUAGCACCGUUGUCAUCGUGAUCGUGAGAAACUGCAAGCUGAAGAUGACUGACAGUGUAGUGAUGGACAAGUGUCAUCGUUCGCGAUUAUACUGAGUUCGUUAUGCAGUCCGGUUGAUCCACAAACGAC